AGACAGACGUGCAACAUGACGCUUGUCUCUCCAAAUACUGACUCUGUUUUCUUUUCUCUGCAGGAUGGAGUACCCGGACAGCGUGCGGGAGAUGAGUCGCAUGCUGCAGGAGGCGGCCCUCAACGAGGAAACGCCAACCCCACCUGAGUCCCCCGCACAGAGCCCAGCCGGGUGCCAGCCUCGCGCCGCCACAACACAGCCGCCGGACCUCAACGGGGGCACGGCCACCCACCAAUGCCAGCAGAAGGAAAAGAGCAGUGACCCAUCCGCGGCAGGGGGCGGGGUCGAGGCGGGAGGCGGGGCGGGGGGCGGGGCAGACGUAGAGCGGCCCGCCAGCACCAGCGGUCCCGUCAGUUUGUCGCAGAUCUUGGACCGGCCGGUGUACGCCGCCGCCGCCCCGCUCUCGUCCCAGCAUCCCACCGCCCCCGCCCCGCCCCAAGCCCCCGCCCCCCAACCCUCACCCAUGCCGGUGGCCACCAUGGGAAAUGGCACGUCAGGCCAGACUGGCGGCCACCACCAUCACCACCACCACCACAACCAUCACCAGGACGGCCUCCCGGGCGGGCCGGGCCCCGGGAACGGGCGCGGGGCCCCUAAGCCCGUCUACCCGGAAGAUUACAACUACCUCAAGGGCCUGGUGCCCGAGCUGAAGGCCGAGGUGCGUGACCGUGACCUGCGGAUCGACGUGCUGGAGGCAGAGAAGAUGGACAUGAGGCGUCAGCUGAAAAAGACGACAGAGGAGGCUACUCGCCUCCGCCGCGAGGUGCACAAACUUAAGAGUGUGUUGCAGCAGCAGGAGGUCAGAUUUGCCGGCGACGGUGACCUGCUGUCCACCCUUCACGAGCAGCACGUGAUGGCUGGCCAGGGCUCCAUGAACAAGAAGCAGGGCGUGUCCGGAGAGUCGUGCUUCCAAAACAAGACAGCCGAGAAGAUACACAUCCAGAGGUUCGACAAGGAUUUCAGGUCCAAACAGUUGAUCAAGGAUGCCGUGAUGGACAACGACUUCCUGAAGCACCUUGACGUGGGCCAGGUGCGCGAGAUCGUUGACUCCAUGUACCCUCAGGAGUUCGCGGCGGGCUCGUGGGUCAUCCGCGAGGGAGAUGUGGGAUCACACCUCUACGUCUCGGCCAUGGGGGAGCUGGAGGUCGUGAAGGACGGGGACAUCUUGGGCCGAAUGUCGUCAGGAAAGGCCUUCGGAGAGCUGGCCAUCUUGUACAACUGCACCAGAACCGCCAGCAUCAAAGCCGUGACCAACGCCAAGGUGUGGGUGCUGGACCGCCGCGUGUUCCAGCAGGUGAUGAUGCGGUCCGGACUCAAGCGCAUGGAGGACAACAUCAACUUUUUGUCCAGCGUGGCGCUCUUCCAGAACUUGAAUAAGGACCACCUCACCAAAAUAGCGGACGCCCUCGAAGUGGAUUUCUAUGCCCCGGGAACUUACAUCAUCCGACAGGGCACCAGCGGGGACUCCUUCUACAUUCUCAAGUCCGGCAAGGUCCGAGUCACGCAGAGAGUCACAGGGAAGAGCGAGGAGGAGGAGAUACGAACACUGCAGAAAGGAAACUACUUCGGCGAGCAGGCGUUGCUGAGGGAGGAGUGUCGCACUGCCAACGUGAUCGCCAUGGCGCCCGGAGUGGAGUGCCUCACCUUGGACCGGGAAUCCUUCAUCCAGCUGAUCGGCGACCUCUCGGAGCUGCGGGAGAAGGAUUACGGGGACGAGAGCCGCGGCGUAACCAGACCCACCACGGGGCCGCACAACGUGGACGCCGUGGCAGAGUACGCCUACAUACGGCUGGACGACCUGGACGUAAUUGCCACUCUUGGUGUGGGCGGUUUCGGCCGCGUGGAGUUGGUGCAGUACACCCAUGACAAGAACAUGACCUUCGCCCUCAAGUGCCUCAAGAAGCAACACAUCGUGGAGACACAACAGCAGGAACACAUCUACUCUGAGAAGAGAAUCAUGAUGUCUGUCCACAACCCUUUCAUUGCCAGACUUUACAAGACGUUCCGUGACCACAAGUAUGUGUACAUGAUGAUGGAGGCGUGUCUGGGCGGUGAGGUGUGGACACUGCUGAGGGACCGAGGGUGGUUCGAAGACCUCACCGCCCGCUUCUACACUGCAUGUGUGGUGGAGGCACUUGAGUUCCUACAUGCCAAAAACAUCAUAUACAGAGACCUCAAACCUGAGAAUCUGUUGUUAGAUUCCACAGGUUAUGCAAAACUUGUUGACUUUGGAUUCAGCAAAAAACUUGGUCUGAGUAGCAAGACUUGGACAUUCUGUGGCACACCUGAGUAUGUGGCACCAGAAAUCAUCCUGAACAAGGGCCAUGACAAAGCUGUAGACUACUGGUCUAUUGGCAUCCUCAUGUAUGAGCUUCUGACUGGCACGCCGCCCUUCACUGCCUCUGACCCCAUGAAGACUUACAACAUCAUUCUGAAAGGCAUCGACAUGAUAGAUUUCCCCCAACAUGUGACCCGCACUGCUACCUCCCUCAUCAAGAGACUGUGUCGUGAGAGUCCAGCGGAGAGGCUUGGCUACCAGCGCAAUGGUAUUCAAGACAUCAAAAAGCACAAAUGGUUCCUCGGCUUUGACUGGGAUGGCCUGAAAGCAAGAUCCCUUCAACCUCCAAUAAUCCCAAAGAUUCGAAAUCCUACGGACACAAGUAACUUUGAUGCAUACCCAAGAGAUGUGGAAGUUCCUGCUGAUGAGCUCAGUGGAUGGGACCUUGACUUUUGAGGUGUCUUUGAAAAUAAGAAAUAGGUAGUCUUCAUGUGAAAAGAGAGAGAGAGAGAGAGAGGAGUGACAAAAACAUGUCAUAAUAAAGGAAACUACUGGCUUUUAUGAAACUCAACCCAAUUUAGUGGAGAAAGCCAGUAGUUGUCAUCAGCAGUGCAAAUAUAGUGAGACAAUUCAUAUACUGAAAAAUAGCCUCUAUGUCAGAUUAGUGUUGUGAAGGAACUUUUCCACAGUGCUGUUUGUUGAAGAGGUGUCCAGAGGUACACUUUCCUCACUUUCUCACUGAUAACACUGACUGCUGCCUAAUGUGUGUGAGUGAUGACUAUGUGCACAGUGACCUGUUGUGUUUCCUUUGAGUGAAGUGCUCUCAGGGCACUGCAUCAAGUCUGAUAGGUUACUACUAUAUUAGUGUUCCUUGCAGUGCAUCUGAUUGUUCCUGUUUCCUUUGUCUCUCUUUUCCUUUCUGUUUUAUUUAUUUAUAUAUGAGUGUGUAUAAUUUCAUGGUUAUGUUAUCAGGUAUCUAAUAUUUAACAUGUUAAUAGUAUGUAAUAUGAUAACUUAUAGUUAAGAUAGUAACAGCUUUUUUUUUUUUUUUUCAAUGACAUUUUACAAACAUGCUUUCAGUUUUGUAAACUACUCAAAUGAAUAUCUUGAAGAGUAUUCAGUUAACUUUUUUUUCUUCAGAACAAAGUAUUUGAAAUGAGUGCUCAAUGUACCAUGGGUUGUGAGUAGCUGCUGUACCCAACGCAGGCAUUACCACAGUGAAUGACCAGAGAAAAAGAUUUCACAGACUACAUAUAUUGUAUUGCUUGCCAUUGUGAAAACAUACCAAGAAAAUGCCUGUCAUUUCUUUUUUCAGAUAUCUGAUAAUUAUUUUGGAGCAUUGCAAAACAUCAGAAAACUCUUUCUGGUCCUGAGACACCAUCAUUGCUACACCCUGCAACUGUGUGGAUUCAAUCUUUUGCCAAAUAUUUAAGCCCCAACUGACAAUCUUUCAGAUUAAAAUUUUACGUGUAACCAGAAUUUUGUGAUUGUGUAAUACAGUAUGUCCAAAUCCUUGUAAACUUAUUGUUAGUGAUUUAAUCCAUUCUGGUUGUAAAUUAUGAUGAUUUUUUAAGCAUAUAUUAUCAAAGUUUUCCUUUGCUAUUGAUUCUAUUUUUACAAAAAAAUAUCAAUACUUUAUUAUUUUAUACAAGAUCCAUUUGAAUUUUUUUUUAAUGGUACCAGUGUACUAGCACAGAACUGCAUAAUGAAAAAAAUUAUCACCUACAUAUACUUGAAAAAGCUAAAUAAAAAUGGCUACACUGAUGCUCAUGUUACCCUCUUAUAAAGGAAGAAAUUAAAGAUUUGAAUAUCUGAUGCAUGAAUUUUUCAUGUAGCUUUGAUGAAUUAUUAGUAUUUGCACAUAAUGUUGGUAUAAUACUUACAAUAUCACAUAACAUGUAUCAUCUUAAUUGGCACCAAAACAGAACAUGUAGAAAUAUAAUCAUCCAAUUAUUUUUAAUAUUAGGAACAUGGUGUUCAACUUUGAUAUAAUUUUUUAAGAGGUACUUAGACUAUAAUGUGUACAUAUUUUAGAGAUCUUUUUGAAAUUGGUACUUAUUAUUAUUACUUGUCAGAGCUUCAGAUCUAGCAACAAUAUUUUUAUUUCUUCUAUUUACAACCAGAAUCUCAGAAUUUACUAUACAGUUAGAGUCCUUUUAUCCUGGUAGAACAUAACAUUUUAGAGUAACAGGUUAAUACAUAAUGCAGAUGCUUAAGUAAUUAUCAUGUUAUGGGCAGUUCAGUAAUUGCAUCAUGAGGUUGCAUGCCUGAGAAGCAUAAGAACAUAAAGAAAUCCUCAAGAUGCCCAUAACCCUGAGUGUGGGAAUUUCUUUGUACAGCAUACAUACUUAUGUCCGCCUAUGAUUUAUGUCCAUGAAUUUGUCUAGUCUUCACUUUAAAGUCCCUGAUGAGAGGGUAUUUAUCUCUGUGUAUCAUGAUAAAUGUCACCAAUCACAGAGCUCCUUCAUCUGUACUGUUAGUAAGUGUAAGGCUUGUUGAAGGAUGAAACAAAUAAUAUUGCUGUCACAAAUAACAGGCAAAUUCCAAAUUACUCAAUGGGUUUAGUGAUAACAAUCACUAUAUCCAUUGAAUCAUUUGGAAUUUUCCUAGUAUUUGUGAGGGAAAUAUUCUUUGUUUCAUCUUGACUGCAUUGAAACCUCUGUUAUGCUCUAACUUUUGGAUGAAGAUGUAAAGAAAUGAGAAAGUAAAAUGACUUCCUUAAGGAAAUUUUUUAAAAAUCUCCAUAUUAUUUUGCCAUACUGCCAAAAUACUUCUCAAUUUUUAUAUGAACUGCAUUUUAUACAUCUAAAAGCAUCAGGCAAAUACUAAAUAUGAGAACAUAUUUAUUUAUUUAUUUUAUUUUCAUUCAUCUACUUUUUUUCCAUAAAAUAUGAUACUGUAAUUGCAAUGUGUAAAUCAAUGUAUCAUUUCAGGAACUCAAAAGUUGCAUGAGUGGGCCUGAUGAUUCACACAGCAUGUAAGGAUGAUGUGCUGAUGUGUGGUGUCAGCAGCUUACUCUGUUAUGUUUGGGUAAAAGGACUUUUGCUGUUAAUGUGGUUUGUUAUGGCAGGAGCUUAUGGUAAACUAUUACCUACUUAGUUUUAUCAGCAUAAUAAACUACACUGUGAAUUAAUCAUGUACAGCUACAGUUAUUUUAUAGAAUUCUCAACUUAGUUCCUUGGUUGUAGUCCUGUGAAUGUGACUCACAAUGUGAGAGAAUGUCUGUGUACAUAGAGUUGUGUAAGUGUGAUGUGAGAGGGUGUAAGUGUGAGGUGGCCCUGCCCAGCCGUCUGGUAAGUGUCCACAUUACAAGCAGUGAGCAGAAGCUGUCAGCAAAUUAAAGAACAUUUCAUGGAACAGACCUCACAGGUGUUGGAUAGCCACAGUCACUUCAGCACAAGAUAAGCAUUAAGACCAUGUAUGUUGGAUCAUGUGUGUUGGUUUGCUUGUUGUUCCCCAAGACAUCCAUCCUAAGCCCUCCUUGUCUGCAUUUCAUUAUUUUCUGCAAUGAUAGUUGUUGAAUCAAGCUGCCUUUGAGCUGAGCUUCCCCAGUACCACACAACAAAGAGGACACCCUCAGAUACAAGAAGAAUAUUUUUGCCUAGCUAAGUUAUUUUCUGGGGGUUGGGUUUCUAAAGCAAUGCAAGAGCUUGUUAUAUUAUGAUGCAAAUGUAUAAUGUAAUAUACUCGUAUAUAGUAAACUCCUUAAACUUACAUACUUCAUAAGUUAUUGUCUGCCUAGUAAUGUUUUAUGGAUGUGUAAAUUGUAUUAAUUUCACAGUAGUCACUGCUGCAUUGCAAGAAAGUGACAGAUGUGUUGCCUUACAUAAAUAGAGGAUUUUAUAUAUAUAUAUAUAUAUAUAUAUAUAUAUAUAUAUAUAUAUAUAUAUAUAUAUAUAUAUAUAUAUAUAUAUAUAUAUAUAUAUAUAUAUAUAUAUAUAUAUAUAUAUAUAUAUAUAUAUAUGCCCAGACUGUGUGCUAGUAGUCAGUUUGCUCACUCAAAUACAGUAUAUUUUACUAAGCAACAUAAGGAAACUUUAUCUUGGUAAUUUAAAUUUUUCUUGCAUGUGAAGAUAGUUUAUAAAAAAAUCAAGUUGUAUUUGUAAAAUGGUAAAAAAAAUUUAAAGAAGAUAAUAUUUUAUUGUGUGUUUUUGGACUUUCAGAAAAGUUUAACAUGUUUGUUAUAUAAUUAUUUAUUUAAUGUAAUGUAACCUUAAUUGUCUAUCCUAUCCAUAUAUGUGUAAUCCUUUGAUGAUUGCAUUCAUGAUCAUGGCAUACAUCAAAAUGUUCUUCAAUAUUUAUAUGUUUAUGUCAUCUUGUAAUCAUUUUGUUGCUAUUAUUACAAAGUCAGUGAGUAUUUUCAUACAUAUUAUUAGCAAGACUGUUGUGUUGGUCCAAUGUCCCAGCAGACCCAUUAAUCUGGUGUCAUUUGUCUUUAGCCAACUGACUUGAAACACUCCUCACCUGCUAAUGUCAGUUCAGCCGUCCACCCAAACCCAAAGUUUACAGCUGCAGAAAAUGAAUUUAUUUUUCCUUUCAUUUUCAUAACAUUUGCAUUGUCAAUCAGUGGAUCAUUGUUUUAUAUUAUGCCAUAACAAAUACUGUAGCUGGACGAGCUACUUGCUUCACCCACUUGGUUUGACGUGACAUCUUUAGUAGUAAACACCAAGACACUGUAGUUGUUUCACUGGAGGCUGGGACAGUUCUAUGACCCGUUCAGAUGGUAAGGCACAGCAAGUACCAGAGGCUAUUAUAGUUAUGGUGUAUAUUUUAUUUUGUAAUGUGUAAAUUCGAAACAAAAAAAUGUGAAUUCUUUUUUCAAGAGUUGUUUGCAGUAAAAUAAUUAUUAUUUGAAAUCUUAUUUGUUGAAAGUUCUGUUAUAUACCACAUGCACAUAGUACAUUGUUGUAAAUUUGUUAUUAAUAGACUGUAUAUAAUACAAUCUCCUUGGGUGUAUGGUAAAUCAUUAGUAUAGAUGUAUGAUGUAUUUUAAUUCUAGGUCUUGUGAUUAAGGCAGAUAUGAUGGGAAUCACCUCUUAAAGUCAUUGUGUAUUUGGUAACCUAGCUUACCAGUGAUGGAUUUAAGCUGGCAAAGAAAGCUGAGUUGGAAAUUAACUUUGGUGCUAUAUAACAGCGUGGCUCACCUCAUUACAAUCUUUUCAUUAAUUGUAUAAUUUGUAAAUAGUGAGAUAUUUAAUCAUAAAGUGGAUUUUGUCAAUCCUGAGGUAGUUGGCACAGGCAGUGGCUACCUCACUGGGUGAGAGUGUGGGGCGCCCUGCUGCUGGAACUUGGAUAGAUAUUCCAGGGGAGACCCAAAUGUGGAGUUCAGAAAAAUGUAACUGCAUAAAUAUAAUGUUUUACUUUAC